AUGACCAGACGACAGUUCCCGAUGAGUCUGCCUCUUGCCAAACCAGUGGAAGGAAUGCGAGAGCUGGUUGUAGGGCGCAUCCGGAACACGCCUGAAGCAGAUGAGACAAUCAUCGACCCCAAUAUUCUCUCUCUCAACAUACUGUCUGCAGGAUACAUCCGUCCCGCACAUGAUGACAGACAGUUUCUUGAUUCGGACAUUCCUAGCAUUUCCUUGGGGAUUAAUCCUAGGACAUUCUACCAUUUUGAGGCUGCUUGGGAUUCAUCCAUGCACAACUCUUUGCUGCUUAACCGUGUCACUCCUUACGGAGAGAAAAUCUACAUGACUCUGUCUGCUUACCUGGAGGUAACCAAGGCCAUUCACUUAUUCAUAGGGGGGGAUGAGAAGUUCAUUUGGGAGGGUUACAGACCUACAUGAUUUAGUUCCAGCUAAUUUAAUCUACCAAACAGCCCACAGCAUUUGUAAUGGUUGAAUCAAGUACAUAUGUG